CAUCCUACGCUACAAAACUCAUGUGGUUUGCUGUUAGUAGCCAUUGAGAUGAAAUUGGCCGAACAAAGAGUUCGUAUACGAAGCAACGCUCGGCUUCUUCGCAUCUGCAAGCACGAGAUGGGACACGGGAUUGGAGCAAGUUACCGUCGUUCCAUUCCCUCUGGCAGUCUGUAGUGUGAUCAUGUCCCACCGUUACCGCGAACGUCGUCAAGAACUUUUUGAAACCAAAUGUCGGGAAGAAACAUGAGGCGAUGAGCGAAUCAGCGCCACAUGAGCGAGGUCACUUCCGCAGCUCAUGAAAGUGUUGUGAUUGCAGUUUUUUGGGGUACUUGGGGCGAGCGAGCGACAUUAUGCAGAAGCCGGCUGGACCUGUCGAUCUUUCGCCCGCCGUGACGACAGUUGCAUUCGAUCCUAUCAUCCCACCAUUGAGGGUGCCGGUGUCCGCCCGAAACGAAGAUGAUCCAUCGAAAGGCAAGUGGGUCUUGGCCUUCAAAGAUGACACCAGUUGGAGGCAAGCGUGGCUCAACAGCGAGGACAAGAUUGCUUCUCAAUGCGAGAUGGGUGCCAGAAUGGGUUGCUCUAUAAGUGCGAGUAAUGCCUGCCGGAUCCCGUGGUGGAAGAAUGUUCUUGUAUUCCUGAAAGCCGCUCGAAUCGAGGAGGGCGAACGGGAGCGCUGCGAGGAGAACGAAAUGGCCGCUUGUGUGGCUGCUUCCAAAGAAAGUUGCUCGACGUAUGCCAGAGAAACUUGUGAGCCAGUGUUUGCAAAUAUGAGAAUUGCGGCUCCAGAGGAAUCCAUAGAUCCCAGAUUCAUGAGACCUUUCCGUCGAAAACGAUGGACGAGACACUUGAAGGACAUUGUGUCUCCAUCUGGAGAAAGUACUGUAGGAAGUGACGAGGAUUCAGGAUUAGAUGGCGGUUUGAAGCUUUCUUCGGAUUAUAGGCAAAGGGUUUUGGCUGACGAGGAGCAUUCUAGAAGUCAGUGGGGAGGUCCUGCUUGGACGGAGGCAUUGUCACAGAGUGCAAGUUCAUCGGUGGCUGGAUCUCCAGCUGAGGGUUGGGAAGGAGGCUUGAUCAGGCCAAAGGUCGCUGCUUCCUCUUCGCAAGAUGGUUCAGAUAAUGUACAGGCUACCAAUUCAUCAAAUGUAAACAGUACACAGUGAGGCCUAUACUGCCACAGCAAGUUGUCAACAUUCGCAGAGUUUCUAGCUGAGCGAGAGGAGCGGAAAAAUCGACAUUAGAACCUCUGGACAUUAGAAUAGACAUUACCUUUGUCCUACCAAUUGUCAUACAUAUUUCACCACUGUCUUUGUCAUCAAGAGGUAAACCAAUAUCUCUUUUUGAUCUCCAAUAUUUUUUAGACUCAGAGUGAUGUUGCUGUAGUACUGGUUAUUGAGGUGUCUUUGAGAAGAAAUCUUCAAAUAUCAUCGUCUGUUUCCUUCUCUUGGACUUACUUAGAAACAACCUUCUACCCUAUGCUAUAGUAUGCGACAUUUCAUUCAUUCUUACUCAUGGCAGAUUCUACUCGUGGUUCAUUCUUUCAUUGCUUUGGUAUUGACUGAGAUUUCCGAAACCUACUGGAGUUGGAUUCUGGUUUGUGUUCUGUCGACGCUGAAGUGCUGAAGUGUCGCGUAAUGACGAAGAAAACACAGUGUCUGGUGUAAUAGUUAGAAGAAUACGUGCUCUAUGUGCGGAGUACACGAGGAUCAGGAAUCAGCGUUUUCCUACCCCAAUGUCGUUUAUCUUUCUAGCAGCUUUCUUUUCGAGAGUUGGAACUUUUCAAGCAUUUUGGAAUUUUCAUGAAUCCAAUGAUAUCAAGUUCUGCAUCAUGCUUCAAGCACUGGUAUAGACUCAAGCAUUUCUUCCCUUGACACAUUUAGUUUGUAGAGCCCUGGUCGAGAUACUUCAUGAACUGCUGAUGAUUCACGACACAAAAUGAUGGCUGUGGUAAUGUCAUCGCACACAUGUCAUCGAAUGUGCAGAUAGAUCAUCCGAAGAGUACAGUGGAUAUCACUAAACGCCUGGACCUUCUUUCCAUCAAUCACUGAAAUUGUUCGAAACGUGCAUCGAAACUAGUUGCUGCAUAAACCGCACUCUAAGCAAAUCCAAAGAAAAGAAGAAAGAAAAGUUUGAGCCUCUUACAAGUUCAAACUUCAUAAUACAAAGUUAUUAAACUCUUCAUGAGAAGGCUCUUUCCCGCAAGGGUGAGAAAUGCAUCAUUCCACCUCCAGCGUUCGACAGUCUCCGCAGGUAUUCGAUGUACUGAUCAGGACUCAGUGCAUUCACCUUCAUAAAGGUCGAGUAUGUGCUGGAUAUGCAUGGGUAUGCAUGGAUCCAGAGGUGCUGAAAUCCACCGUGGCCACCAUCUAAAACUCCAGUUUUUGCUGUAUACCAGUAAAGAUAAAGAAUGCGAACUUCGACCAAUCAUGACUCGGAAUUUCGACCAGCAGAAUUUCGUGUUUAUGUGCAAGAGUGCAUAGAGGCGAAUGAAAGGUAGAGGACUGACAGAAUCAGUUAAGUUCACAAUGCACUCAGUUUCCUCUGUUACAGGGAGAUCACCAAUUCGCCACAAACGAGCCUCAUGCCGGCAUGACCCGAGAGGGAAGUGAAACACACAUCCCCAAAGUCUCUGAAAGACAACUGGACAGCCUGUGAGAGCCUCAGCGUUCUGAAGCAUGGCAGAAGAAUUGACUGCAGAUUAUCCAAGGCAAUUAUUUACAAAAGCAGCAGAAUUAUAUCAUUCCUGCCUGCCACCUACUUUGGCCUCAUCACAUUUUUGGACCUCACAGCAUCAGGCGAUUUAGCAGGUCAGGUGAAGCUCUCGAAUAGCAAAAUGAUGCAAAUCUGACUGUGUCCUUCAGUUCUUCAUCUUGACAACUAAUUUUUUUUUGUCGCACUUCAGCUUGAUGAGAGCCAGAUCUAGCAGGCGCUCAUCUCUACAUGGAAGGAAGGUGCCGUGCAUCGUCAGUUCUUACAAGCAUAUUCGAUAUAAAUCCAAAAUCCAAAUCCAUGCUAGUACCCGGAAGGAGACUGAGGUCUGAUGGCUGCAUGGAUUUAGGGGACAAGUAG